AUGGCUACUAUUUCUUUGGCAACAUACAUCUUCACCAGACUCAAGCAGAUCGGUGUUGACACUGUUUUCGGUGUCCCAGGUGAUUUCAACUUGGCCUUCCUUGACCACAUUGAUGAGGUCCCAAACCUCAGAUGGGCUGGUAACGCCAAUGAGUUGAAUGCUGCUUACGCUGCUGAUGGAUACUCUCGUAUCAAGGGUUUCGCUGCUAUCUGCACGACUUUCGGUGUUGGUGAGCUUUCUGCCACUAACGGUAUUGCCGGUGCUUACGCUGAGCACGUUGGUUUGAUCCACAUUGUCGGUUCCCCAACCAUCAGCGCCGAGCACAACAAGCUUCUUUUGCACCACACUCUGGCUGAUGGUAAGUUCGAUAUCUUCAACAAGAUGUCCAGACACAUCACUUUGAAGACCGCUGCUUUGGAUGACAUCACUACUGCCCCAGCUAUCAUUGAUGACCUUAUCAGAACUGGUUACAUCUACAAGAGACCAGUGUACGUUGAGGUUCCAUCUAACUUGGGUGAGGAACAGGUUCCUGCUGCUCGUCUUAACACUCCAAUCGACUUGAGUCUCCCACCUAACGACCCAGCUGCCGAGAAGGAGUUUGUCCAGGAGGUUAUCGAUAAGAUCACCAAGGCUACCAAGCCAUGUAUCUUGGUCGAUGCUUGUGCCGUCAGACACGAUGUCAAGAACUUCGUUGCUGACUUGGUCAAUGCUACCAAGUACCCAGUCUACGUUACUCCUAUGGGUAAGUCUGCCUUUGAUGAGGAUAACGAGAGAUUCUGCGGUGUCUACGUCGGUGCUCUUUCUAAGCCAGAUGUCAAGGAGUCUUUGGAGAACUCCGAUUUGAUUCUUUCUAUCGGUGGUUUGCUUUCCGACUACAACACUGGUGCCUUCACUUACCAGUACCACACCACCAACGUCGUCGAGUUCCACUCUGACUACUGUAAGGUCAAGUCCGCUGUUUACCAGGGUAUCCAGAUGCAGGCUGCUUUGGCUAAGAUCAUUAAGGCUUUGUCCAGCGUUAACUUGAACUACGUCCCAACUCCAGUCCCAGCUUCCGUCUCCGAGUACAAGCAGGUCCAGAAGGUUACUUCCGGUAAGAUCACCCAGGAGUUCUUGUGGAGAAAGCUUUCUUACUUCCUCAAGGCUGACGAUGUUAUCGUCUCUGAGACCGGUACCUCUUCCUUCGGUAUCUUGCAAUGCCACUACCCAGCUGGUGUCACUGCCAUCUCCCAGGUCUUGUGGGGUUCUAUUGGUUACGCUCUCCCAUCUUCCGUCGGUGCCGCUUUCGCUGCCGAUGAGAUCAGCAAGGACAAGAGAGUUAUCUUGUUCACCGGUGAGGGUUCUUUGCAGUUGACUGUCCAGGCUAUCUCCGAUGCCUUCAGACGCCACUUGCACCCAUACUUCUUUGUCUUGAACAACAAGGGUUACACCAUUGAGAAGCUUAUUCACGGUUUGCACGCUGAAUACAACAACAUUCAGACCUGGGACCACCAGAAGCUUUGCGGUGUCUUCCAUGACAAGGAUGACUACGAGAACUACAAGGUCUCCACUGUUCAGGAAUUGAACAAGUUGUGGUCUGACCCAGAGUUCAACAAGCCAACCAAGUUAAGAUUGAUCGAGAUCAUGUUGGAUGAGUUCGAUGCUCCAAAGAACUUGAUCGGCCAGGCUAAGUUGUCCGAGACCAUCAACUCUGGUAACUAA